CUUCCCGCAGUGUCCAGGAGCCUUCCUGUCCCAUCCGGAGCCUACGCUCCCGCCAGGAGGCCCGAGCCCUGCUCGCCCAGGGACGCGCGCGCCGUGGGGAGCCCAGAAGGCCCGCCGCGACUUGUGUCCACUGUCUCUUCCCGAGAGCGAGUCCUCCCCUAUCCCGACCCAGCCUUCAGCUCUCUGAGCGACCUUACCAGUUACCCAGCCCCCAGGAUCAUGUGGUACAUCAGCACCCGGGGGCUGGCCCCACGGGUUGACUUUGAAGGAGCCCUCUUCUCUGGCUAUGCACCUGAUGGUGGCCUCUACGUGCCCGAGGAGCUCCCACAGCUGGACGGAGAGACCCUGCGGCAGUGGCGCUCACUCUCCUAUCCUAGCCUGGUGAAGGAGCUGUGCUCGCUCUUCAUUGGUCCUGAGCUCAUUCCAAGGGACGACUUGAAUGGUCUGAUCGACCGCGCCUUCAGCAGAUUCCGCCACAAGGACGUGGUCCACCUGUGCAGGCUGGUGCAGGGGCUGAAUGUCCUGGAACUCUGGCACGGGGUCACGCGUGCCUUCAAGGACCUGUCCCUGAGCUGCACAGCGCAGUUCCUGCAGUACUUCCUGGAGAAGAGGGAGAAGCACAUCACCGUGGUCGUAGGCACAUCUGGGGACACUGGGAGUGCUGCCAUUGAGAGUGUUCUAGAGGCUAAGAAUGUGGACAUCAUCGUUCUGCUGCCCAAAGGCCACUGCUCGAGGAUUCAGGAGCUCCAGAUGACAACGGUGCUGAGGGAGAAUGUCCACGUGUUUGAAGUGGAAGGGAACAGUGACCAGCUGGACAUGCCCAUCAAGGCCGUGUUUGCCGACCUGCCUUUUGUGGAGAAGCACAACCUGAUGAGCCUGAAUUCUGUCAACUGGUCGCGGGUCCUUGUGCAGAUGGCCCACUACUUCUUCGCCUACUUCCGCUGUGCGCCCUCCUUGGAUGGGUGUCCCCUGCCCACCGUGGAGGUGGUGGUGCCAACAGGGGCUGCUGGGAACCUUGCAGCUGGGUGCACUGCUCAGAAGAUGGGCCUGCCCAUCCGCCUGGUGGCCGUAGUGAACCACAAUGACAUCAUCCACAGGGCCAUCCGGCAGGGGGACUUUUCUCUGUCUGAGGCCGUCAGACCAUCCUUGGCAAAUGCAAUGGACAUUCAGGUGCCCUACAACAUGGAGAGGAUCUUCUGGCUGCUCUCCGGCUCCAACAGCCAGGUGACAAGAGCCCUCAUGGAGCAGUUUGAGAGGACCCAAAGUGUGCAGCUACCUAAGGAACUGCACGGCAAGCUCUCUGAGGCAGUGACGUCACAAUCGGUGUCCGAUGAGGCCAUUGCCAGGGCCAUGGUCCGCUGCUGGGAGGAGAACCGGUACCUGCUAUGCCCUCACUCGGCCGUGGCCGUGAGCUACCACUACCAGCAGAUGGACGGGCAGCAGCCCAGCAUUCCCAGGUGCUGCCUUGCCCCUGCCUCUGCAGCCAAGUUUCCUGAGGCCGUCUUGGCUGCUGGGCUGACCCCGGAGACCCCAGAGGAUAUCCUGGCCCUAGAGCACAAGGAGACACGAAGCACCUCCAUGCAGAGGGAGGACGACUGGACCUUGAUGCUUCGGGAUACGGUGGAGCACUUGAGUCAGCGGUGGAGGGGUGGCUCCCCGAGCGCCUCCGCUUAGCUGGCUGGAGUGGCCUGGAGCCACCCUGACACCCUCCUCCUCCUAAAGAGCUAGGGCAGGAGGCUCUCUGGACGCUGCUCAGUGGGUCUGGCACCUGCAGUAUGGAGGGUUGAGGUGGGGACCCCAGGGGCCAGAGGCAAGCCUUGGUAGCAGGUGUGCAGACCCAGCCGAGCAGCCUAUUGCUUGCAACUCGGGGCCAGGGCAGAGCUGCCUGUGUCACUGAGUUCAGAUCCUGUGGCACUGGGAGGAGCUUUAGGCAAACCUGCAUCCUGUACCCUCAGAGUUGGCCUCCUGCCCUGCAUGCCAGGAGUCCAGGGAAGACAGGCACAGGGUCAACUGCUGCCGGAGGACACUGGUCCCACCCUCAGGGCUGCUGUGACCUGACCCAGUGGGCACCUGGCAUUCCGUCAGAACACAGCAUCUCCAUGGUGCUCCAGGACUGAGGGUGUGAGGGCACCAGCUGCUGGCACAAUGGACAUGGAGGCCUGGCUUUGGGAGCCCCAGGGAAGGACCGGAGGGCAGGAGGAGACUCCUGCAGAGUGAUAUGCUUCAAAGCCCACAACUAGACAGUUUCUAGGACUCCAGUCCCACAGUGGCUCUCCUCCCUUUAGGCCCAACAGGCCCUGGCUGAGGCAGCGCCCCACUGUUCCAGGCCCCUGAAAAUGUUUUUGUCUUUGUUUUUGUUUUAAAUCAAAGGAGAGCAAUGUGGCCAGGCUGGUGGUACACACCUGUAAAACCAGGGAGGCUGAGGCAGGAGAAUCACGAGUUCCAAGCCAGCCUCAGCUACA